AUGCAGCAUGGCAUGAUUCGCACGUCGGACCAAACCACUAGUAGGGGAACCUUAUUGCCAAUAGCCUCUGGUCUGUACAUUCUUGGAGGCGUACGUCGACGCGCGCAUUGGCUCGUCCGUGGCCGACCGGGUAACGGUUCUUCUAGAAGCCAUUCAGGCAGACUUCUGCCGACGUGCUUCCCUUGCCAUCACACGCAUCCAGGGCAUGAUUGUGACGCAUCCUGGAAGCGCUUGACAAGAUUACGUGCUCGCCUGCUUGCCUUCUUGGUCCGCGUCGUCAAUGUUAAUUUAAUAUCCUGUGGCAGAUGCUCAGUGGCAACCCUGUUCCCAGCCUGGCAUCUAUUGCCUUAUUUCAACACAUGCGGGACUCGCUGCAGAGGAUUGAGUCAAGCGACGCACCAAGCGGUACGGCAGGCAGGGUAUUGA